UUCCGGUUGAAGUUUUCGUUCUUUUUAGCAAAAUGGCUCCAAAACCGAAGCCCACGGAUAAAACAGCCAGCAAGCCGGCUGAGAAAAAAACAGAAAAGAAAACUGAGAAGAAGCCACCUACUGCAGCUUCAACAUCAAAAGUCACAAAACCAGCUGCAAAGACAUCUACUACUGCAAAGAAACCAGCAGCUGCUAAAUCGACAAGUUCUACAAAGCCUGCAGCAAAACCAGUAGCAAAGCCUGCAUCUAAAGUUGCCACAAAACCAGUGGUUACCAAACCUAAGAAAAAUGUUCAACCCACGAAGAAAACACCUAAAGGUGGAAAACCAGCUGCACCACUUCAAAAAGCACUUAAAGCUCAGAAAAAGGUAUUGAAAGGUGUUCAUGGAUCAAGAGUAAGAAAAAUAAGGACAUCUGUACAUUUUCAUCGGCCAAAAACAUUUAGGCCACCACGAAAUCCAAAAUAUGCACGAAAAUCUGUUCCAAACAGAAACCGCAUGGAUGCAUUUAAUAUCAUUAAAUUUCCUUUAACCACUGAAGCAGCAAUGAAAAAGAUUGAAGAUAAUAAUACAUUAGUUUUUAUUGUGCAUACACGUGCUAAUAAGUACCACAUCAAAGCUUCUAUCAAAAAGUUGUAUGACGUCGAAGUGGCUACAGUGAACACUUUAAUCAGGCCAGACGGUAAAAAGAAAGCGUAUGUGCGCUUAACCCGUGACUAUGAUGCCCUUGAUGUUGCCAAUAAAAUCGGUAUAAUAUAAGUAUAUCUGUAUGUGACUGGUAUGGAGGAAAAAGAGUAUCUGUGCUAAU